AUGACUGAUGCUUGGACAGAUAGGAAGAGAAGAAGCAUCAUGAACUUGUGUGUCAAUUCAAGGUUGGGCACUGUGUUUUUAUCUUCUAAAGAAUGUUCAAUGGAGGCACACACAAGUCAGUUCAUAUUUGAGUAUGUGAAGCAUGUCAUUCAACAAGUAGGAGAGGGGAAUGUUGUUCAAAUUGUCACCGAUAAUGCCUUGAACAACAUGGGAGUAGCUAAAUUGUUGAGGGAGAAGAUGCCACUGAUAUUUUGGACUUGUUGUGCAACACAUUCCAUUAAUUUAAUGCUUGAAAGCAUUGCAGGUUUACCACGGUUUAGUAGAGUUCUUCAGCAAGCAAAGGCUUUGACUAUCUUCAUCUAUGCACAUCAUAAAACUUUGGCAAUGAUGAGAUCCUUUACAAAGAAGCGUGACAUUGUCCGGCCAGGUGUGACUAGGUUUGCUUCUGCAUUUCUUACGUUACAGAGUUUAGCUGGUAAGAAAGUAGAAUUAAAGGCUAUGUUUACAAGCAAUGAAUGGGAUGAGUGUAAGUUUGCCAAGACAGUUAAAGGGAAACAAGCUUAUUCUACUGUAUUGAGUCAUGCAUUUUGGCAAGGGGUUGCAUUAUGGUUGAAGGUUUUUGCAUCAUUGGUAAAGGUGCUUCGUAUUGUUGAUCAAGACAAGAAACCUUCAAUGGGAUUUGUUUAUGGUGAGCUUAUGCAAGCAAAAGAAGAAAUUAAGAAUGCAUUGAAUGGAGUUGAAAAAAAUUAUGAGCCUAUUAUUAGAAUAAUCGAAGAGAAGAUACAAAAUAGGCUAGAUACUCCACUUCAUUUGAUGGCUUACUUGUUGAAUCCUUAUUACCACUAUAAGGAUCCUCGGCUUCAUUUGGAUCAUUUCAUUUCUAUGGGAUGUGUUGAGUUCCUUGAGACUUAUUAUUUUGGAGACUUAGAAAUGCAAAACAAGAUUUUAAUGGAUGAAUUGUCCAAGUAUAAGAAGAAAGAAGGAAUGUUUGGAAAAUUAAUUGCGGCAAAAGGAUAUGAGUCCAGUGAUGGACAAUAUGAUCUAGAUUGGCUUGUUAAUGAUGAAGUUGUGGUUGGAGAUGAAGUUGAGGAUGGAGAUGAGGAACUUGAUGAGGAAGCACUAAGACCACGCCGAAGUUCUAGAUUAAGAGAGCUUGAAGAAGAUAAUUUUGAAUCCGAAAGUGAAGAAGAAGUUGAUGUGGAUGUGGAUAUUGAGUUUGAAGAUGAUGAAAAUCAUGUCAUUGAUCAAUAUGGACAAGGAGAUGGAGAAGACAACCUUGAAAGUUAA